AUGCACUGUAGCUGCUUGGCCGAGGGCAUCCCGGCCUCCCCUGGCAACUACUGGAUCUCAGGCUUGGCCUUCCCUGACUGGGCCUACAAAGCCGAGUCCUCCCCAGGCUCCCGGCAGAUCCAGCUGUGGCACUUCAUCCUGGAGCUGCUGCAGAAGGAAGAGUUCCGCCAUGUCAUCGCCUGGCAGCAGGGAGAGUACGGGGAGUUUGUCAUCAAGGAUCCAGAUGAGGUGGCCCGCCUCUGGGGCCGCAGGAAAUGCAAACCACAGAUGAAUUAUGACAAGCUCAGCCGGGCCCUCAGGUAUUACUACAACAAGAGGAUCCUGCACAAGACCAAAGGCAAAAGGUUCACUUACAAGUUCAACUUCAGCAAGUUCAUUGUAGUCAACUACCCGGUGUGGGAGGUGCCGGCACCACCCUCCCCCUGCCUGCUGCUGGGGGGCCCCGUCCGGGGCGGGCCAGCCCUUGUGCCCAUGGGUGUGCACAGUGAGCUCCUGCCCAGCAUGCUAUUCACCCAUCAGGCCAUGGCAGAGCAGCUGGUCAGACAGUGGACCCUCCGGGAGCCCCCAGAGAUCUCUGGGGAGAAGAAGGGGAGCAGCGGCCACUACCGACUCGGCUCUGCCCCCGGCCCCUCCUGGCUCGGCCCAUGCUGCCAUCUCGGGGGCCUCCGAGGCGAGCUGCCUGGCUUUGGCUCCUGGGCCCCGGCCCUCCCACCCCUGCCCUCCCCGUGGGCCCGCCUCUCGGGGCCCUUCCUGCCUCUUCUCCCGGCACAGCAGCAGCUGCCGAGCAUCUCAGAGCCCGACACCCUGCUCCCGGGGCCAGGGUGCUCCCCGGGGCCCCAGCAGGCUCCAGGGCUCCCCCUGACGGCCAGGCUGGGACAAGGCGAGGGGGAGAGGCUUCCGGGGCCACCGCUCAGGCCCGGGGAGCUGGAGGUAAAGCCUGACCCCCUGGCGGGGGCUAAGGGCUGUCUGAACCCCAGGGAGGGCUUCUCCCCAGAGACCUACAGACCGGAGCUCCGGGAAGAGAGCCCCGCGCCCCCCAGCCUGGAGCCCCUCAAAGCGGCGUGGCCCUCGCAUCCUCCCUAACUGGCGCAGAAGAUGGAGGGGUCUCCAAACUCCACCCUCCCUUGCCCACCUCUUCUCCGGUUUUGUGCCUCUUGGUGACUGGACGCAAGCUGAGACUCGGAGGAUUUGAAGAGGUGACUUGCACCGCUACAGAAAGGCACAAAUGUGGGGGUGGGGGAAACUGAGGCCAGGCCCCUCCUCUCCCACCGAACUGCUCGUCAGACUACGAAGCCUUGGUCUCCAUUUUCUGAGAGAGAGAGAGAGAGAGAGAGAGAGAGAGAGAGAGAGAGAGAGAAUGAAUAGGGUUUCAUCACUCGAACCAUCCAUCCCAUAACCUACCCAGGUGAGGGAGGAAUCAAGGGCCUCGAUGGGGAGGGGCCCGGGGCGCCCCUAGCAACGCCCUUCUUCUCUGGGCUCCUUUCACUGUCUAAGUUACGGUCUCCCACCCUGAGCCACGCUCCAAGCCCUUUCUUCUUCCCCUCUGACGCUCCAGUCCCCUUCAGGAGCUUCCUUCUACCUCCUUUGCCCCAGGGAUGUGGGAGGAAGGGGCUGCUUCCUGCCUCUGUAAUAUUCCCCGCUGGCCAGGAAUAAAAUCCCCUCGGCAGACA